AUGGACACAGAUAAUUAUAGUAAUAAUCGAUCAUUUGUACCAUUGAAUGAUAAGGUAUCAAACAAUGAUAUAAAGAUUGCAGCAUGUUGUCCAAUGAUGGAUUUACUGUCGAUUGCUCAAUCAUCAUCAUCCAUCACAAUACACAGAUUCUUAAAUUGGCAAAGAUUAUUAAGUAUUACAAGUAAAUCUUCUUCUUCUUCUUCUAGUACACGACAACAACAAGAAUCAACAACAGCAACAACAACAGAUGAAAAAGUAACAACAGCAAUGCAAUGGAGUCCUAAUGGUAAGAUCAUUGCAUCAGGUUAUUCAAAUGGAACAAUGACUCUAUACUCUAUUGAAAAUGGGAAAGAGAUACAUUCAAUUGCAUCUACAUCAUCAACAUCAGCAUCACCAAUCACAUUACUACAAUGGAUUCAAUUUAAUGAUCUAUUGGAGACACCUGUUGGUAGUACUGCAACUAGUUUGUCGACGACAACAACAACAACAAGUAAUACCAAAUUCUCUGAUAAUGAACUUCACAGUGAUUAUUUUCCUUCACUUCAAUAUUAUAUUAAUGAAUUUAAAGAAUCAGAUAUUAAACCAUUCCCAUUAAAGAAAGAUUUGGAUGUACUUGAUGUAUUAAUAUCAUGUAAUGAAAAAGGAAUUAUAUCAUUCUAUAUUAUUGGUAUUGUUCAUAUUGGUAAUUUUAAUAUAAUGGAAUUAUUAUUAUCACAACAAUAUGUAAACAAACAUGUACUUUUAAAGGGAUGUAAAUCUAUUCAAUUUCAUUCAAUUGCUAUGUCAACAUCAUUUAAUCAAUUGACAGUGGUAGUAGAAACUGAUAAUGGAUUGACUGUAAUGAUUGACAUUGACACAUCCAUACUCUACAGACAAUGCCAAGAGAUAUUCAAAGUGGCACUUCACUAUUCUACUAUUGAAUGGCUUUUAGAAACAACUGAUAUUAUCCUACAUGAUGUCAUUCAUCGAUGGGAAGAAACCCAACAAAUGAUAUCAGCCAAAUGGGAUAUAUUUGAAAAAUUAAUCAGAGAUUAUGGACGUACCUCUACCAUUGAACAGGAAAUACUCGAUCUUUUAAUGACUGGUGUUGCAUCACCACCAACUUGUCAAUUUAUUUCAAAUCAUAUUGAUAUUAAAAUAAUGAAAUCAAUGCAAAGAAAUUGUGAAUCUAUAAGAGAAACAUUAAUUAAUUUAAUUCAAAAUGCUUAUUCUUGUACUUUACAUUCCAUCUCUCAAUUACAUACCUUUUCAUUGUGGUCGGAGAAAUAUGGUGAUAUCUUAAAUUCACAGUCAUUUGAACAUUUAUUAACUGCUUCAAAUAAGUUUGGAAUUCAAUUGGAAACAUUGGAAAUAACACUUUCUCAACUUGAAUCUCAAUAUUCAAAUCUAUUCACUUGGUUUUUAAAAGUUCAAAAUCAAUUAACUACAGAUAAAACAAAGUUACAACAACCACAACAACAAUAUAUUUUAAAUGAAUUAUUAUUACUUUCAUUAUUGGAAAAUGGUGUAAAAUAUGAUCCAAUUAUAAAUGGUCAAAAUACAAACAAAAGUAACAAAACAACAGAUAACUCUAACCAACAACCAAUUUCAAAACAAUUUAAACAAUUUAAACAAUUAUGUUUGGAAACUACAAGUUUUAAUAAUUUAAAUAAUCAAUCAACUACCAAUAAUAUUAUAAAUCAAUUGAAAAUAACUACAUUUACACCAAUAUCAAUGUUUGAUAAUUCAAAAUUAGAUAAUCAAUCACAAUUUUUUAAAUCUUCAUUUUUAAAUUUUAAUAAUCAAUGCAAUUUAUCAAUUAUAACACCAAUGAAUAAUAAGAUAUUUAUUGGUAAAAAGAAAAGAAAUGAAUGGCAUUUUUCAUUUAUACAAUUAUCAAUGGAUGAUAGAGUAGUUGAUAUGUGCUUUUUUGAUCAAUCGAAUCUUUUGGUAUUGACAACAACGACGACACAAGACAAAUCAAUAUUAUCACUUUUAAUGUAUAAUUGUGGAGAGGAACAAGUAGAAGAGGUUGAUGGAGCUUCAUUGUACUAUCAACAAUUACCAGUUACCAUUCCACCAAAUACAAUUAUGGUUGAUCUUUUGGAUGCAACCUUUUUCGAUCAAGAAUCUUGUACAACUCCUCUAAAGAAUAGAUUCAUCAAAUCAUCAAAACUCAACAUCAACAAAAAGGAAAAAUUAUCUCUCAACAUUUCAUCACAACGUAAAGUUGCAUGUGUUAUCAUUGGAACAAAAAGAACUGUACUUUAUGAUAUUGCUGAAGAUGAAGAAAUUCCAGAAGACGACGGUGAUGAAGAUGAAGAAGAUCAAGAUGAAGAAUAA